UGCGUGCACGCGAAUGCAUCUUGACAAAUCGCAGCAUAAAUGGAGGGCAGGUGAUUUUUUUUGUUUUUUUCCCAACAGAAAUUCUUCACAUCAUCAAAGGGAUAGAAAUAUGGAAGAGUAAUCCUAGCUGGUGGCAUAGUGAUAGCUGGUGAAUGGAGGUCAUAGCAGACACUGACUGAGUCUCGGCGCUCAGAGAUACGGAGAGGGAGGACAGACAGCGGCUAGCCGCCAUCAAAAAAUGGCGUCUCCAGAGGAAAAUGAGUAAAAAAUAUUAAAACGCGGCCUGCUUUUCUGUAGACAUUCUCGUUUUAUUUUAAUCGUAUUCUGGGGGGGUUGUGACCCGUGUGGACAACGCAUUCGCUAAAACGGUCUAACGAUAAAAAAGAGGAGCGCGAAUUUGGGAAAUUAAAAAGCAGCCCAGUUUUAUUUUGAUGCGUCGUUACUGACAGCUAGCAUCUGCUGCUAACCCACAGCUCUGCUCCGGAGGGGGGUGGGAACGAUUUGCAUUCAAAGAGGGGGGAAAAAAGAGAGAGUGGGAGAUUUUCAAAUCGAGGGGUUUCUUUCGUUACCAGUGGGGAAUGAUUGCUAUCAACGUGGCCCGUCGACAGCUAUAUUUUCUGGAGCUAGCAGCGAAGCCCAAACUAGGCUAAAAAAAAAGGGGGAGGAGAGUCGGUGGAAAAAGGACGCAUUCAAGACAAAUGUUUGAAAGCAAUUCGCCCAUCACCGACCAAAACCGCGGCACCUUCAUCAUGACCGUGACCAAUUCGAGAAAAGAUUUGCAUUCGUGGAAAUGAUAAACGUGAAGGGCGCAGGAAAAGGCGAAAGACUGGCUCUUUUUUUUUUAGAGGUGGUUGGAUUAUAACCCCGCAGACCCCCCUCUUUUUUUCAUCCAGCUUUCUCCUCCUCCCCACCAUUUCUCUUUCAAUAUGCUGUUUUCCACUCCUGAGGACUUGCUUAUGAAACCGGGGAAAAUAGCCUAAAAACAAGAACGGGAAAGACUGGUUUUUUUUCCGAAUCGUGCCCAGCGACGGUCUCGUUGCUUCGAUCCUCAGCACGCGCGCUGUAAACCAGAUAAAUGGAUAGAAAUUACCCGGGAACAGGAUUCGGUGAUUUGGGCGCAGGAGCAGGAUGGAGUUACGACAGAACGGCAAAAGCAAGUCUUGUAUAUGGGAGUUCCAGAUCAUCCCACCCUGAGUCUGAGCUCCUUCACCGACAAGCCUAUGCCACCCCACACCCUCUGCAGGGCUAUGCCACCAAUCACCACCCAGGGAGCUCUGGCCAAGGCGGAGCUUGGGGAGCAGCUGGACGGAGUUUGGGUCUUUCUGGGCUUUUUGACACCGGCCUUCAUCACGCUAGCCCCUCUGCCCCUGAUGCCUCCGUGAUGAAUUUGAUUUCAGCUCUGGAAUCCCGAGGUCCUCAGCCUCCUCCUUCUGCCUCGUCUCUUCUCUCCCAAUUCCGGACACCGUCUUGGCAGACAGCGAUGCACACGCCUGCUCCUCCUGAACUCUUCAUCUCUGGAGCCCUUCCUGGCUCUGGCUCCUUCCCUUCCUCUUCAGCUCUGUCAGCCUAUCAACAUCCAGCAUCCUUCUCCAGCCGCUCUUUCCCUGCCGCCUCCCUGUCCCUGCAAGACACACCCACAUUUAGUCCCACAUCCAAUGGCCUUCUGUCCCCACAUGAUCCCCUGCUGCACAUCAAAGCCCCUUCUCAGUCAAGCCUGGGUUUUGAUAGACUCCUGUCCUCACAGGGUGCUGCUGCAGCUGCAUACAGAGGCAGCCAGGAUCCUACGGGUGCCACGUCAGCCCAGGCAUCAUCUGCCAGGCACUUGCAGUCACACCAGUUCAAUCUGCUGUCGUCACAGCUGCAGGAUCAAUCCUCCCAGUUGUAUAAUCCUUCAGUCUUUUCCUCGGCUCAGCCCCAGCCUCAGUCUCAGUCCCAGUCUAACUCGGCUCAGGAAAGAACUGUGCCUAGGCAGGACAGCGUUAUAAAGCACUAUCAGCGCCCUACGCCAACUCAGUCGCAGCUCUCGUCCUCUGCUGCCCACUCUCUGCAGCACUAUCUUGGCUGUGGAGGGGCAGGGUACCAGCAAAUUGCCACCCACCACAGACACGCUGGGCUGUCCUGCAGCCCACUAGGUGACCAGAGCCCAUCGUCUGACCACAAGACGCCCUCUCGCACUGAGCAGUAUCGGCCAAUCAUUCAGCCAGCCUAUUCCUCCUCCUCCUCCUCCUCUUCAGCUGGAAAAAGUACCAAGAGCAGCUCGAGCAGUGGCUAUUCUUCUGGCAGUUCCGCAUCAUCUUCAAGAACUCCCCACACCCCCCCUUCUGCUUCCUCUACUUCCUCAUCCUCGUCCUCUUCAUCAGCCACUUCAGGGUCGCAUCCUUCAAACUCUAUUCCCACCUCCAGCUCCACAGCAGCGCCUUCUAGGCAACAGCCACCUCCUCAGCCAGCUCCGCCUCCACCUGCUUCCCAGCAGCAACAGCAAUCCACUGCUUCCACUCCAGCCCCCCAAUCUCUUCCUAAAUCCUGCCUCUCUGGCUAUGGCUCUCCUGUUCCCCCAGUGAAGACUCCUACCUCUGCUCUUACUGGUCAAACUCCUCCCCAACAGACGCAGUCAUAUUCUCCUAAUCAGCCCCCGACAUCCCACUUAGCUCAGUCCUAUGGAGGUUUCAGCUCCCCCCAAGCUCAAGAUCUAAGCUCUGGCGCUGGUGGAAAAGGCUAUGGAAGUCUAGGAGGAAGAGGUCAGUCAUACUCCACAGAUAUGUAUGGAGCUGAUUCUGCUUAUGGAUCCCUUCCAUCCUCUCUUGGUGGAGCUGGUAGCCCGUCACUGGGAUAUGGGGCUCCAGGCCACUCUCCUGCCCUUUUAAGAUCAAGUGGUUCAUCUGGAAGUGGAGCAUCUGGAGGAGGCAGCAGCAGUGGAGCAGGGAGUGGAAACUCUGGGUCUGGAGGAGCAACAGGAAAUAGUAUGACUGCUGAGAGAGGUGGGGGAGGCAGUGGAGGAGGCUCUUAUCAUAUUCCAGACUCCAGCCCUUCCCCAUCAGGCAACUCAGGCAUCAUACGUCCAGGAUUGCACUCCCCUGUCCCCACCUGUGCCACCCAGUCUCCAGGAGGUGCAGGUUCAAACAAAUACAUAUCUUCAGUUCUCUCUCCCCCCUUCCUGGCCUCCCCACAGGGCUUCCCUGAUGCCAGAGGCCCCUCCUCCCAACCACAGCCAUAUCAUUCCACAUCAUCCAAAGCAAAGACGGAUGCUUCCUUGUUAGGGGUGGGCUCUCAGAGAUCCCAGGAUGAGGUCGACGAUGAAGAUGAGUUCUUGAUUCAGCAUUUGCUCCAAGCUCAAGCGAGUCCUGGUCCCCAGUCGGCUCAUCACCAUCCCCAACAGCAGCCUCAGCAGCAGUCUCAACAAACCCAGCCUCCGCCCCAGUCAGUACCUUCUAGUAGUGACUCCGGUAAGGGCAUGAAUUAUGACAUGGGGAAGACCUCAGAGGAAAGGUACCACCCUCAGAGUGUUAUACGUACCCACAGUGCCACAACUGCUGCAGGGGUUGGAAACGCAGGUUCUUCGGGGUCCAUCUCGGGGCUGGACAACCAGCUGGAGAUGUCACUAAAGAAACAGCAUCAACAUCACCACCAACAGCAGCCACAGCAGCAAAGAAACGAGAGGACGGUUGGUAGCAGCAGAAGCAGCAGUGGAAGAGGCAGUGCUGAGCAAGUGCACUCCCACCUCCAUCACCAUGACAACCUUGGUUCUGUUGUCCACUAUGGCAGAGGUGAUCCCUACAGCCAGCACUCCCUUGGUCCCCAGCACUCCUCACAUAGUCAGCAUGUGGGUUCCCACUCACAGAUGCCCCCUCACUCCCAAAUCGACCUCCAAAAGAAGUCACAGGAGCGCUCAGAAAUCCCAUACCCUCGAAAAACUCCAGAGCUCCAGCAGCAGCAUUCUCAGUCCCAAGCUCAGUCCCUGAUGGACUCUCCUACCGACCAGUCCCGUCAGCCACCGCACCUACUCCAGUCGGUGCUGUCCCACACCACGCGCAAUAAACUGGAGCCUCAUCAGCAGCACCACAAGAUGGAAUCUCAUCGGCAACAUCAGCAACACCCCAAAAUGGACUCCCACUCUCAACACCAACAACACCAGAAGAUGGACUCCCAUCAGCACCCGCAGCACCACAAAAUAGAUUCUCAUUCUCAGCACCAACAGCACCAUAAAAUGGACUCUCAUCCGCAGCAGCAGCACUCCAUAAGUCAGCAGCAGCAAGCUGUCAUGGAAAGCACUGGUGGUCGACUUGGCUCAAGUAAGCAUCAAGCUCCAUCUCAGUCCCAAACCACCCAGCUCCAACUCCAGCUGCAGUCCCAGGCUUUGGAAGUGGCAGCGGCUCACUACAACCACGGCCCCCAUCCACACGAGCAGAGUCAGGUCAAGCAGAGCUCUGUGGUCUCCUCUCUGGACAUGCUGGAGCGCUCCCUUUCCCAGACGUCCAGCACAGAUGUUGGUGUCGCCGAUGACCGACGCGGUGGAUCGGGCAGUGCAGGGAGGAGUGGGGGAAGCGGUGAGCGGCACAGGCAGCAACAGGAACCCCCACGGCAGCACCCACCGCACCACCACCCGCAGCAACACUCUGCCUCUGAACUCCACUCCUUCCUCACCGAGCCGGACAUGGGCCUGUCCACGCCGUCUCACAUGCACCAUCUUUCUCAACAUCACACGCAGCAGCAGCAACAACAGCAGCACCCAAGCUCUCAGCAUCAACAGACCCACUCCCACCACCCUCUCUCCCAACCCCACCCACAGCAGACUCCUCACUCCCACCAUAUUCCCCCUCCAUCCGCCUCCGCCCACUCUCAACCUCAGUCCGAUCAGCAGCAGCUCAGUUCACAGCAGAGCCAGAUGGAGCAGCAGCGCUCGGAACAGCACCAGUUUGACACGGUCAGCCCCGUGGAGAAAGCGGACCAGAACCAGCAAAGCAACCGCUUUGUUCCCCUGACUUCUAUCUGCUUCCCAGACUCCCUCCUUCAGGAUGAAGAUCGCUCCUUUUUUCCUGGAAUGGAGGACAUGUUUUGCGCAGAGGACUACAAGUCGAGCUGUGCAGGCGGCGGAGGACCAGGCCAGGAGGAGAUGAAUGAAGCCAGAGAAGGACUGGAUUCCAUGAAAACCGGACAGAGCGGAGGGGGUGCUGGAGGAGGCAGCGGGCCUAGCUAUGACCUCAUGGGUCACCAUGGUGGAGAUCAGGGUUACGAGCCAUACUGUCAUGGCCUGGAAGAACCCAGCAACAACACUAUGACUUUGGAUCUGGACUCUCUUAAAACACACGAGCUUCCAUCUACGGUCAACACAGAGCAGCUGGGUUUAAUUCAGUCCCAGGGCCCAGCCAUGGGGAUGGCCUCCAAUACUGCUGGUCAACACAACUCUGGAGCUAAACUGUCUUCUGGACCAGGAGGUACUAGCUCAGGAACAGGUUCUGGGGGCCUUCAGUCCCCCAUCUUCUGCUCGUCUCGUCCUAAAAAACUUCUCAAAUCCAGCUCCUUUCAUCUGUUAAAAGAAAGGAGGGACCCUAACACAUUGCCUAAGAAGAGUUACGCUCAAGAAUACGAAUUUGAAGACGACGAGGAUAAGGCUGACCAACCAGCUGAGAUCCGGCUGAACAGUCGCAGGCUGCCUGACCUACUACCAGAUCUAGUGUCCAGUUGUAGAAAGGGAGGAGGAGGUGGAUCGCUUAGCCCUUUAAUGAGUGACAUCGACUUCUACCACUCCUCUGGUUACACCUCUUUGGGUUCUCACUCUAUCCUGCCGCCAGAUGGACCCAAGAAGAGAGGACGAAAGCCCACGAGGCCCAAAAGAGAGGGCCCUCCGAGGCCAAGGGGAAGACCCCGCAUCCGCCCCAUGCCUGAGCCCUACACCCCACGUGGCAUGCUGGGGGAUAUGGGCGGAACGUCAGCCGGAGGCGGGUUCAGCGUAGAAGGAAGGGGCCGAGGCAGGGGCAGAGGAAGCAGGGGCAGAGGAGGAAGGAGGGAAGACAUGUACAUGGAGAUGAGCGGGAAAGACCAGGAGCAGAUGCACCCCCACCACCUCCAUCAGCAACAGCAGCUCCAUCACCAACCCCAACAGCACGAGCCCAUCCCGCCUCUCAAGAUCAAGUUACCGAUUUCUAGCCUGUCGUCCUCGGAUGCCUUGCUGAGGACAGACUCUUUGUCUGGCACUGACCCUGCUUUGUCAGACGGCUCCGUUGGCUCGGCUCCCUCACUUGGUUUAAGUCCUGGACCCCCCUGCAGUGCAGAAAGCACCAGAAGCCAGGAUAAGAACAAAGCGAAAAAUCAAAUGAUAAGUGAAGGAAUGGAUGAAGAUGGACUAGAAGAACGGGGAGAUGAGAGGGACUCUGAGUCUAAGGCCGGCUUUGUUGCUUCCUUCCUGGACUUCCUUAAGACAGGGAAGAGGCCUCCAGGGUUGGACAUCUCUCCAGGAAUGGAACCUGACAACGUUGAAACGUCCCCAUGUAAAGCAGGAGGCUUGCGCCCUCUGUCCCCCGCACCACCUCCCCCGCCGCCUCCACCUCCGUUUGGUGAUAGUGAGGGUAACGGGGGCCUUGCUUUGGGCAGUUGUCCCAGCCCCAAGCGCUUAGAAGAUGAGCUGAAGAGGAACCUCGAGACUUUGCCCUCUUUCUCCUCUGAUGAGGAAGACUCGGUUGGAAAGAACCAGGACCUCCAGAAGAGCAUCUCCUCCGCCAUUUCGGCUCUGUACGACACCCCCCAGAUAAGCUCGAAUAUCCAGCCCCCGUUGGCUCCUCCUCCCCCUCAACCGCAGCCCGCGCAGCCACCCCUUACCCCCAUAAUGCAGCCUCCCACAUUAAGUCCACAGCCAGCAGUGAACACGCCACACAUGCAGCCCCAGUCCGAUGAACCGCACCUCCUUCAGCCAGAAGGUGAGGAGAUGGAAGACAACAAGGAGGAGGAGAUUGAGGAGGACAAAUGCACAGAACGGGAGGAGGACGGUGAAAUGGCAGAAGACAGGGAACCACAACUUGAAACUCUGGGACCUCCGAAACUUGAUGCGCCUCUAUCUGAGAUUCCUCCAGAACUUGCAACUCCAGAGCCUACCUCUGCUCCUCCGUCUCCUGCCUCAUCCUCCUCUCCUUCUCAUUCCCCCCUUCCUCCUCUCUCGCUCCCCUCACCUUUACCUCGACCAGAGGACCCACAGGAGGUCUCACAACCUCCGAGCCCGGCCACUUCAAAAUCCCUUUCUCCGUCACUCCCCCCGACCGCCAUUGCUGCCGCUGCUACCACUGCUGCUCCUCCUGCGCCUCCUCCCGAGCCGGCCACUCCUCCUCCCACCUCUUCUCCACCUCCAACCAUUCAAAAAGAAUCUCCUUUGCCAUCGCCGGAGUCCCCAGCAUCUCCCGCUUCCCCUGAAGAACCUCCAGCUCCAAAGAUCACCUCACUGCACCUCGCCCAGAAGCAAGAAGAUGCCGCUAUUGUGGGGGAGAGUGAGGAGGACGAGAGUGAGAGUGGAGGAGAGGGAAUCUUCAGAGAGAGGGACGAGUUUGUGGUCCGAGUUGAAGACAUUCGAACUCUUAAGUUGGCUCUGCAGACAGGCCGGGAGCCUCCACCCAUCUGGAGGGUCCAGAAAGCUUUGCUGCAGAAGUUCAGCCCAGAGAUCAAAGAUGGACAAAGACAGUUCUGCGCCACAAGCAACUAUCUUGGCUACUUUGGAGAUGCAAAGAGGCGGUAUCAACGAAUAUACGUGAAGUUUCUGGAGAACGUCAACAAGAAAGACUAUGUGCGAGUGUGUUCCCGAAGGCCGUGGCGCCGAGCUCCUCCAGCCCUCAGAAGACCGUCUCUCCCCAGACUGGCAUCUCCUCCUGCCACUCAGGUGCCGCCAAAAACCGGGGAGAAAGAGGAGCGAGUGAGUCCGGUGCUGCAGCGCGAACAGAGAGAGAAAACAAAAACGGCAGCAGCAAAGAAACACCGAGAGGGAAACGAGGUACCAGCUGUUGUGCCAAAACCCAAGGAGAAGGAGGAAGAAAGGUAUCCUGACAAAGAGAGGGAGGACGAGGAGAAGCCGGUGCAGCCCCAGCAGGAUAAGGUGGAGAAGCGGGUGCAGCUUCAGCAGGAGAAGGCGGAGAAGCGUCUGCAGCAGCAGCAGGAAAAAGCAGAAAAGCGCAUGCAGCUGCAGCAGGAGAAGGCGGAGAAGCGGAUGCAGCUGCAGCAGGAGAAGGCGGAGAACCGCGUGCAGCAGGAGAAGGCGGAGAAGCGAGCGCAGCAGCCGCCUCUUGAGAAGGUGGAGAAGCGAUUACAGCCACUGCAAAAGGUGGAGAAGCGGGUCCCUCCGAAGCAGGAGAAGGUGGAAAAACGCGCAGGCGCCACAGAACGUGCUAGAACAAAGGAAGACAAAAAAGCACUGGAGAGGAAGGAGAGGGAAAAGGCGGAGCGGCCACCCAAAUCCAAACCAGCCAAGGUGAAGGCAGAGCCCCCUCCUAAGAAGAGAAAGAAGUGGCUGAAUGUACCUUCAUCAGUACCAUCAUCAUCGGAAUCUGACUCCUCAGAUGAGGUGGCUAGUGAAAAUGAAAUGCCAGUAAAAGGUGGAGUAAACAACCGUGCCAUGAGGGAGAUGUUCAGGAGUUAUGUGGAGAUGCUGGUGAGCACAGCUCUGGACCCUGACAUGAUCCAAGCCCUGGAAGACACAGAUGAUGAGCUUUACCUACCUCCAAUGAGGAAGAUCGACAGUAUCCUGAGCGAACAGAAGAGGAGGUUGUUAAGGAGAGUCAGUAUGAGCUCGCAGCAUCAGGAGGUUCUGCAUGCUUACCCCCAAAUUAUUGUGGAUGCCCUGGAUACAGGCGUGGUGAGGGUGCGGCUAAGCGGUGACGCUUACAACCGCAAGACCCUCAACAGGGUGAAAAAGGCUCUGCCUAAGCCACAGGACCUUAAACUCUCGUCUGAGACGUACCGAAUCUACAGUCUCUACCACUCCUUGCAUCAUUAUAAAUACCACACCUUCUUACAGUGCAAGAAAGAGACUAACACCAUAGAACAAGCAGCCGAAGACCCCGGCCAAGAAGAGGUUGUACAGCAGUGCAUGGCCAACCAGAGCUGGCUGGACACCCUCUUUAGCUCCUUCAUCGAGCUGCUGACUCUCAGCACCAAAGUCUGAGAUAACGUCAUUUAAGGGCAGACAUUGAAUAGAAGAUUUAAGAAAGAAAAAAAAGCAAAAAUAGAGAUGGAUUCCACUGUACAGCCCCCGUCCCUCUUCAGAUCUCAUAAGAAACCAAGGAUCGUUUUUUUUUUUGAGGCCCUCAGGGGUCUAUUUUUACGUGACCUUGGACACUGGUCUCUCUUUUUAUUUCUUGUCGUUGAUCAGUGACUUUGAAAGAAAAAAAGUGUUUUGUUUUUUUUUCCUUUUAUGAGAAGGGAACCCCCAUCUACUUUAGGGGUUAACCAGGGGCUCAAAAAGAAGAACUGACUUUUCUGGGUGGAGUUGGAAAAACAUACGGCGGGAAGACAAAAGUUGUGGAGCCACAAACACCAAGUCGAGAGAAGAGCCAUCAGCAUCCUAUUAACUCUGUGUCAUAAAGACAAUAGUUCAAAGAGAAACUACUAUUGCUUAGUUUUUACAUAAAUUAUUUUUUUGAAAAGACUAACAUCAUCCGUUGGCUUUUGAGAAGUGUGGAAGAGGAUGAGAGUGAUUUUUAGCCAGCAAGUGCGAUCAUGGACUCAUCUAUAGAGAGAAACAUAAGUGUUAAUAAAUGCUCCCUCGCGUCGUCAUCCUGUGUUAUGUGAAGGGCAGCACCAGUCAGCUGUGUGAUAAUAUAUAAACGCAUUUUUAUUAUUUAUAUGAGGAGGUUUUUAACUUAAGCUCUCACAAGUGCUGGUUUGCUGCCCUAACAUUUUUAAAUGCCUAUUUUGUGUUUUAUUUCGUUCCCCCACAUGGGAUCAGUAUACAAUCAUAACCCACAUAUUCAAGUCGUCUUCCCUUCUAUACAAAAGAGCAGACGUUGACAGAAAUAUUGUAUUAAAUACAGUGGGUGUAAAAUAAAAAAUAAAAAAAAGUGGUUAGAAAACAUUGGGAACUCAACAUUGUGCUUCAGUUCAAUCAUCCGUCAUGCCGGUGCAAAGAAAAAGAACUAUUUCUUUCCCAUGUGGGAAGGAGGAGUAUAAAUAAGUAAUAUUUAAAGAGGAAAUAGUCAUUUCAUUUUUAUCAUUUUGAUGUCUGUGCAUACUAUGGCUUAUUUUGAAAACAAUCUAAUUUUCCAUAAAAAAGGGAAAAAAAAAGAUAUGUAAAUAGUGUACAGUUCUUGAUGAAAUUCUUUGUUCUUCUGUACAAUAACACUCCUGUAUUUGAGAAACAAAUAAAAUCUACAAAGAACAA